CUGUUCUGGAAUCAUUAACACAAACCCAGGCUUCGACCCUGGAACCGAAAUUCGGUGGAAGAGAAGUCAUGAAGGGCUACGAGUGACAGAGCCUGGCCACAGCCGAGUGCACCGAGUCCAGAGUCCCGGCCGGGGAACUGCUCAACCUCCCCCCAGCACGGGUAAAGCCUGAGGUGAAGCGUGGUUUUCGAGGGAGGGGUUUUGUUUCUGCUUUUACCGAGGGCACUGCGCUGCCCACAGCAACGCCGGCGGGGAGAGCAGCCCGGCACCCGGCUGAGGGGCUCACUGGGGAUCCACCGGGUGCCGGGGCUCGGCUGCCCCGCAGCAGCACGGCACCGGGCGCGACGGGAGGUGCCGCCGCCUUCAGCGCUCCCCGGCAGGGCGGUAACGGGCCGCGGGGCGGCGCUGUCCCCGGCGGGCGGGCAGGCGGCGCGGCGCUAACGCCAUCGCAGUGCGCGGCGGCGGCAGCGAGUGGCGGUCAAUGGCCGCAGCGGAGCCGGCGGCGAGGAAGCGGCGGCCCAAGGGGCACUUCGCGGCGGGGCGGGCCAAGCGGCCCCGCGGCGGCGGGCGGCAGCUGGAGGCCGGCAUGCGCGGCAUCCUCAUCACCUGCAACAUGAACGAGCGCAAGUGCGUGGGGGAGGCCUACAGCCUCCUCGGCGAGUACGGGGACCUGCUCUACGGGCCCGAGCAGUUUUCAGAUCACGAGGAGCGGCUGUCUGGAAGCGAGAGGGAGGAGGAUGAGGAUGACGUUGAGGCAGCCCUGAAGAAGGAGGUCGGCCAGAUCCGUGCCUCGACGGAGCAGAAGCUGCGGCGGUUCCAGUCAGUGGAGAGUGGUGCCAACAACGUGGUCUUCAUCAGAACCCAGGGCAUAGAACCUGAGAACCUGGUGCACCAUAUAUUAAAGGAUAUGCAUGCCACUAAAAAGAAGAAAACAAGAGUCAUCCUGAGGAUGCUGCCCAUUUCUGGAACUUGCAAGGCUUUUAUGGAGGAUAUGAAAAAAUACACAGAAACCUUUUUUGAGCCUUGGUUUAAAGCCCCUAAUAAGGGUACUUUUCAGAUUGUUUACAAAGCUCGUAAUAACAGUCAUAUGAGUAGGGAAGAAGUAAUUAAGGAAUUAGCAGGAAUUGUGGGCAGCCUCAAUCCAGAAAACAAAGUCGACCUUAAUAACCCACAAUAUACAAUUGUGGUGGAAAUAAUAAAAACCGUCUGUUGCUUGAGUGUGGUGAGAGACUAUGUUCUAUUCAGAAAAUACAAUCUACAGGAGGUGGUGAAGAGCAACAAAGAAGACACACAACAAAACCCGUCAAGUCUGACAGAAGAACAGAACUCCAAGGUAGUAAAAUCAGAAGCCGAGGGGGAGGAGAAGAGCUCAGAAGAAGUAAAACUAGAGAACAAGAAUCAAGGUGAAAUAGAAGCUGAGUCCAAGGGGAAUGAUACACUGACAGUGUAAAAAGUGUGAUAGAAGGGAAAGAUAAACACAAUCCAAACCUAUUUAAAAAAGCUGCCCUAGAGUUCUGAAAGGGUGUUUUUAAAGAGGAGAGUGGUUUUGUUUUGAAAUCUUGUUUUUAAAAUCCACACGUGUAAGAAUUUAAUGCUUGUUGCAGGUGGAGCUAACAUUACAGCAGAUGUAAGAGUGCUCACCUUUCUGGUGAAGCUUGCUGUAAUUCUUCUACAGCUUUGUUCUGCAUUGCCUUUGCCUAGUACAGAAAGUAGGAGUGUGUGCAUGGUGUAUGUAAAUGUGGCCAUCCUGACAUACAUUGACUCUCCUUUGUUAUACGUGAUGGCUACAGAAGCCAAAAGGCAGUGCAGAGUCAGCUCUAUCAGGAGGUAUUGAUGGAAGUGAGAGAUCUGAAAAAGACAGUUGACUGCAAAGGGGUUUUGAGGAUGUGAUCUGACAACUUGUGUGACUGCAAAACUCAGAUACGGUUUUCUGUGUGAACAACAGAAUGAGCUAAACCUGUAAGAUGGAGGGUUAUAUAUAUAUAUAUACAUAUUGAUCUAUAAGGAUAUGCUAAGUCUUGAAAGUAAAUGGGAAGAACUGCUAUCAUCAAAAUACUUGAAUAUUAUGAGACUGUUUAGAGUAAUAGAUUUGACUGUUCUAGGACAGUAGAAGUAUAGUGCAGGCAUUGCAGAUGGUUUUAGCAAAACCUACAUGCAUGUUUACAUUAGCUGUGUAUACAGCAGUUACUGGUUUGUAAGAAAUGUUACAGUCACUGAACAGAUUCCGUUUGAGUAAUUUCCUGCAAACAGCCUUUUGCUGCUCUUUCCAAAGACUUAAUCCUUGGGACUGUUUAUGAAGUCUUUUUUUUAAUUUUUUAUUUAGGUCUCAAAAUUUGAAUUUAAAUACUGCUUGGGAACUUCUUAUGAAAGAAGCUUCCAUUCUACUAUAUUGGAUAAAGGGAAUUAAGCUUAAUUUUUGGUACAGUUUUAGCUUUACAGUAUUAAUUUUGUUUCAGAUUGAAAGUAAUGUUAGUGAGUCUUUCUGUUGCCUGUUUGUUACAGCAGCUCUUUUGAUAUCCCAGUGACUUAAAAAACAACCAAAGCCAGUGCAUCUAUAACCUGCUUCCUGUCCUGAGUAUGCUUCCUGUACAACUGUCUAGCUUUAGUAUUUCAUUUCUAGCAUUAAAGCUUGUGGGUUGCCAAUGGGAAAAGACUCAUCUUGAAGAACACCACUUGUUACUUGUUUUGGUUUAAUGAAAAGGAUUUUUCAAAGUCUUUCAACAGUGUUUAAUUUGUAUUUUCCUCUUCUCAAAAUUCUUUCAGAAGUUGGAAAGUUAAGACAACUAUUUUUCCCUAGUCCUGUUUCCCUUACCACCCAUUUAUUAAAACUCUGCUUUCUUACCUCCAUCAGUGUUUUCUUUGAAUUUUAAAGCUUUUUGUGUGUGAAUUAAAACCAGCAAUGUCUAGAUAACACAUAGGAAAGAACCAUUUGAGACCAGAUAUGAAAGUCAACUGUGAAUGUUUAUUGGUGGCUCAUGUUGGUGAUCAUGAUUCAAGACAGCCUGCUUACCUUACUUACUAAGGACAAAGAUAGACUCAUGGAUAGUUUGUAGUUUUUUGGAUGUUGAGUUUUGUUUUGGCCUUUUUUUCCUUCUCACUCAUAUGUGUCUACAGGACCUACAGUUCUUCAGAAGAAACUGGUGAGUAGCUACUAUCCAUCUGUCAAGCCUAUGUCUGUCUGACAUUUACAUGCCACCUAUGCUGCAGUCUUAAAAGAUGUCUUCCUUCUUUUACUUGCAUUUUUUUAUAACUUGCACUAACUGAACAUUCAUUGUUAGCAUUAAUUCCUAAAUUUAUUUAGAUUUACACAACCAGGGUGCUUAAUUUGGAUGUGUGCAAGAUCUAUGGCCAUUUCUGGGAAUUUCAUUACAUACUAUCACAAUUUCCUUGUUAGUAAGCCUCUUGUGAAUUAAAAUUAUCUGGUCUCGAA